AUGGACAUGGCCCCAUUGAUUCACAUGCCAGAACCCUUGUGCCUCAUUGAGAACACUAAUGGGCCACUGCUGAUUAAUCCAGAAGCUCUAAAGAUCCUGUCUGCCAUCAGGCAGCCUGUUGUGGUGGUGGCUAUCAUGGGCCUCAACCGCACAGGCAAAUCCUACCUGAUAAACAAGCUGGCUGGGAAGAACAAGGGAUUCUCAGUUGGAUCUACAGUGCAGCCUCACACGAAGGGCAUCUGGAUGUGGUGUGUGCCUCACCCCAAGAAACCAAACCACGCCCUGGUUCUUCUUGACACUGAGGGACUUGGAGACGUAGAGAAGGGCGACAAGACUAAUGACACCCAUAUAGCUGUACUGGCACUACUAUUGAGUAGUACUUUUGUAUACAACACCAUGAACAAAAUUGACCAGGGAGCUAUCGACCUCUUGCACUAUGUGACAGAACUGUCACAUCUACUAAGAAUAGAUACCUCACCUAAUCAUAACAGGGUAGACGACACAGCUGACUUUGUGAGAAUCUGUCCAGACUUAGUGUGGACUCUGAGAGAUUUCUACCUUGAUCUGGAAGCAAAUGGGCAACUCAUCACAGCAGAUGAAUAUCUGGAGAAUUCACUGAGGCCAAAGCAAGGCCCCGACCAACAUCUUCAAGAUUUUAAUCUGCCCCGUCUGUGUAUACAGAAAUUCUUUCCAAUAAAGAAAUGCUUCAUUUUUGACUUGCCCACUCACCAGAAGAAGCUUGCCCAGCUUGAGACACUGCAUAAUGAUGAUCUGGAUCCUAAGUUUGUACAACAAGUGGCAGAAUUCUGUUCCUACAUCUUUAGCCAUUCCAAGACUAAAACUCUUUCAGGAGGCAUCAAGGCCAGUGGAUCUCAUCUAGAGAACCUAGUGCAGACCUAUGUCAAUGCCAUCAACAGUGGGGAUCUGCCCUGCAUGGAAAGUGAAGUCCUGACCUUGGCCCAGAUUAAGAACUCGGUUGCAGUGCAAAAGGCCAUUGCCCGUUAUGAUCAGGAGAUGGGCCAGAAGCUGCAGCUGCCCACAGAAACCCUUCAGGAACUGCUGGACCUGCACAGGGCCAGUGAGAAAGAGGCCAUUGAAGUCUUCAUGAAGAACUCUUUCAAGGAUGAGGACCAAGGGUACCAGAAAAAAUUAGAGAUGCAGCUAGCAGCCAAACAGAAUGACUUUCAUAAACGCAACUUGGAGGCAUCACAGAAUCAUUGCUCAGCUUUACUUCAGGAUAUUUUUCGUCCUCUAGAAGAAAAUGUGAAGCAAGGGGUUUAUUCAAAACCCGGGGGCCAUUGUCUCUUCAUUCAGCAUAGAGACGAGCUGAUUGCAAAGUACAAUCAGGAGCCCAGGAAAGGAAUACAGGCUGAGGAAGCUCUUCAGAAAUAUUUAGAGUCCAAGGAGUCUGUGAGUGUUACCAUUUUGCAGAUAGACCUGGCUCUCACAGCAAGGGAAAAGGAGAUCGAAGGUAUAACAGAAGAGUUUAUGAAGGCUGAAGCACAAAGGUUGAUACAAAGUCUAACUCAGCAUCAGCAAAUGAUGGAGCAGAGGAAGAUAUUCCAUCAGGAACAAGUGAGACUAGCGGAGAGAAGCAGAGUAUACCAGCAGGCACUGCAACAGAGGGCCAUGGAAGGUCAGCUCCAGGAAGAGGUUAAAAGGCUCAAGGAGAUAAUCCAAGCUGAGAACAGAAAACUUCACGACAAACUCCAGAAUCUUCUGAGGAAUGACUCACCAGAUGAUACAUGCAUCUUACUCUAA